UUCAUUGUAAUAAUCUUUAAUCGAAAUGUAAUCAUUUCAUAGAAUAGAGAAUAUUGAUUUUAGUGAAUGCGUUUUUGAUGAUCGAGGAUCGAUUAUAGGGCCUUCGAACCAUGAAUGAAGGGAAUCGUGAAAAAGGGAGGGAAAGGGGUCGUUAAACUUGAGAACGUUGUUCUCUUUCCUUUUCCUCAAAGAUAUAGUUUUGAGAUUAAUAGCUAUUUAUACUCGGAGAAGAUAGAGACACGUUUCGAAAAGCUAUAUAAUAUCUACUACGCGCAUAUAAAGAAUAUAUAUUUCUCGCGAGUCUAAUCUACGAAAAUAAACUAUAAUCAUCUUUCGUCGAGGUCUCGAUUUACUUUGAACGUAAUCUUCCGAUAACUAUGUUUCUCCGAUAACUACUCGUCCGUUUCUAUUCUCAUAGAAAGAAACAUUUCCUCGAUGUAAAAAAACUUAAACUUCGAAAUGAUAUUGAUAUCGCACGAAAUGUUAAUUAUUGAUUUUAAAAGAUAUUACAUAGUUUCAAAGUCGAGUGAUAAGAAAAUUCGAACUCCUUUUCUUUAAUCGUUAUUAUGACGGUCGAUAGAAAAGAUGCUGGAAGAUGAAAAAAAAAAAAAAGAGAGAAGAGGAACUAUCUUACCCACGCGCGCAUAUCUUUUAUCUGCGAAAGGCCAUUAUCAAUUUAGACAAGUGGGAAGUGCAGUGGCCGUAUCCGGCAGCACAAACAACAAACGGUUUUCCUUCCUUAGACAUACAUAUUAUAUACGUAUGUAUAUGGUUUAUCUGUACGAAGCUUUAAAAAAAUCGCACCAAGUGAAAAAAUGUUCAUUGUCAGAAGCAUGCGAACUGGAUCAGAUGCGAUACGGAUGUCGGAUUUAUAAUGCCCAAUGUAGCUGCGGUUACGGUUGUAAGGCCGAGUAUAGAUACGAUACUAACGAAGACUGUAAAUUAGCAUUGAGAGGCAGACUCAAUGAUAUAUGCUAUAGAUCUAAUCCCUGUUUGCAUGGUGGAUCUUGUUCGCAAAUUUCACCCAAUCCAGGAUUCAAAUGUCGAUGCGAGGGUACAGGAUAUUAUGGUACACGCUGUGAAAAAUCUUGUCCAGCAUCCAACAAUCUACGUUACCGUGGACCGUUUCCCUACGAGUGUGUUGUUAUCUGACAUCGAAAAUCUUGCUUUCCGUACCCACACACCCCCACCGUUCCCUUACGUUGAAAUUUACGAAUCUGAAAUCUUUUUACGUUAAGUACAAAAAGUUAGCACAUAUAUACAUAUUUUCGAAUACACAUCUUUGUACAUACAUAAUAAACAUGCGAUAACAAUAUUGUA